GGAGAGGCAGGUUUUGAUGUGUGUGCGUGUGUGCAAAGUUCUGUAUUGUAAGAAUUUGCUACGGCCUGUAUUAGCUUUACAAUGAAACAGGUAGAAACCGAAAAGUUAAAUUACUCCCAAUUCAGUUUAGGUUCUGUCUCCGGAAAAUUUUCCUGGAUUCCCCAGCCCCCACUCCCCGCCCCAUCCCACCACCCCCAUUGCCCUCUCUGAGUCUCCAUUUUCUUUUCCGUAAGAAGGGUUUUCAUCAUUUAACCUUAUUUCUUCUGAAUGCACUAAAUGGUAGUUAACCUACCACUUAAGACGAUGUCGGAAACAUGGUUCAUUGUCUUGAUCCGCGCGACUCUAACUAGCUUGAGUACAUUUUGGGGAAAAUUUAGGAGUCAGGGGAAGAGGAGUUCCAAAAACAAACUACUAGGGGGUGCAGCUGUCCAGGAAGACUCCUGAAAAGAGCAAAGAGCUUCCGACGUUUUUCUCGACAGGCGCCGAAGUUUUCCGGAAAGAGACAACCAGCCUGGAGGUGGGCCCCAAAGCCGGCUGCGAGAGUCACCGAAGAUUUCCGGAGAGGGCCGAGGAGUGGGGAAGGGCCGCUUUCCGAGAGUUGCCGAACGCUACGGAGACAACGGAAGAGUUGGAAGGCGGGGCCGCAAGAGCCAUUCCUGCAGGGAACCCAAGGCUUCAGAGUCUAAAAGUUGAAAGGCGUAACCACUCACAGGCCGGAAGUUUCCGGGGUAGACGCAUUCGGGUAGCAGAAGAAGUCCGAGGAUUUCCGAAGCGAGCCGAGGCAUCGCGAUCGUUUUCAGGGACAGCUGAUCGGUCGGAGCUGUUUCGCGGACUACAGUCAUGGCGGCACCCAGAGCUGCUGUGCCGGACGGUGGCGAGGAACCAGCGCCGGAGGCUGAGGCUCUGGCCGCGGCCCGGGAGCGGAGCAGCCGCUUCUUGAGCGGCCUGGAGCUGGUGAAGCAGGGCGCCGAGGCGCGCGUGUUCCGCGGCCGCUUCCAGGGCCGCGCGGCGGUGGUGAAGCACCGCUUUCCCAAGGGUUACCGGCACCCGGCGCUGGAGGCACGGCUUGGCAGGCGGCGGACGGUGCAGGAGGCCCGGGCGCUCCUCCGCUGCCGCCGCGCGGGAAUAUCUGCCCCAGUUGUCUUUUUUGUGGACUAUGCUUCCAACUGCUUAUAUAUGGAAGAGAUUGAAGGCUCGGUGACUGUUCGAGAUUAUAUUCAGUCCACUAUGGAGGCUGAAAAAACUCCCCAGAGUCUCUCCAACUUAGCCAAGGCAAUUGGGCAGGUUUUGGCUCGAAUGCAUGACGAAGACCUCAUUCAUGGUGAUCUCACCACCUCCAACAUGCUCCUGAAACCCCCCCCGGAAGAGCUGAACAUUGUGCUGAUAGACUUUGGUCUGAGUUUCAUUUCAGCACUUCCAGAGGAUAAGGGAGUAGACCUCUAUGUCCUGGAGAAGGCCUUCCUCAGUACCCAUCCCAACACUGAAACUGUGUUUGAAACCUUUCUGAAGAGCUACUCCACCUCCUCCAAAAAGGCCAGGCCAGUGCUAAAAAAAUUAGAUGAAGAAGGUCGCUGCCUGUUCAUCAUCCUGCUCAUGGCGGUGUACUGGUGCUCGGAGGCCCUGCCGCUCUCGGUGACAGCGCUGCUGCCCAUCGUCCUCUUCCCCUUCAUGGGCAUCUUGCCUUCCAGCAAGGUCUGCCCCCAGUACUUCCUCGACACCAACUUCCUCUUCCUCAGCGGCCUGAUCAUGGCUAGUGCCAUUGAGGAGUGGAACCUGCACCGGCGAAUUGCCCUCAAGAUCCUGAUGCUCGUUGGAGUCCAGCCGGCCAGGCUCAUCCUGGGGAUGAUGGUGACCACCUCAUUCCUGUCCAUGUGGCUGAGCAACACCGCCUCCACUGCCAUGAUGCUUCCCAUUGCCAAUGCCAUCCUGAAAAGCCUCUUUGGCCAGAAGGAAGUUCAAAAGGACCCCAGCCAGGAGAGUGAAGAGAACACAGCUGCUAUGCGGAGAAACGGCCUACACACUGUGCCCACGGAGAUGCAGUUUCUCGCCAGCACAGAAGACAAAGACCACUCUGGGGAGACGGAGGUUCCACUGGAUCUGCUGGCUGACUCCAGGAAGGAGGAGGAAUAUCGUGGGAACAUCUGGAAGGGCUUCCUCAUCUCCAUCCCCUACUCAGCCAGCAUUGGGGGCACAGCCACACUCACGGGCACGGCCCCUAACCUCAUCCUGCUUGGACAGCUCAAGAGUUUCUUUCCGCAGUGUGACGUGGUGAAUUUUGGCUCCUGGUUCAUUUUCGCCUUCCCUCUCAUGCUGUUGUUCCUGUUGGCAGGCUGGCUCUGGAUCUCCUUCCUGUACGGGGGACUGAGCUUCAGGAAGAAGAAAUCUGAGAUAAGAGCCAAUGCAGAAGAUAGGGCUCGAGCUGUGAUUCGGGAAGAAUACCAGAACCUGGGGCCUAUCAGGUUUGCUGAACGGGCCGUUUUUGUCCUUUUCUGCAUGUUUGCCAUCCUCCUCUUCUCCCGGGACCCGAAGUUCAUCCCUGGCUGGGCCAACUUCUUCACUCCCGGGUUUCUUUCUGAUGCUGUCACCGGCGUGGCUAUUGUCACCAUCUUGUUCUUCUUUCCAUCCCAAAGGCCCUCUCUCAAGUGGUGGUUUGACUUCAAAGCUCCCAACACGGAGACAGUGCCCUUGCUGACCUGGAAGAAGGCUCAGGAGACAGUGCCCUGGAAUAUCAUUCUUCUCCUGGGAGGGGGCUUCGCCAUGGCCAAAGGCUGUGAGGAAUCAGGGCUGUCUGUGUGGAUUGGCGGGCAGCUGCACCCCCUGGAGACCGUGCCCCCCGCACUGGCUGUGCUGCUUAUCACCGUGGUCAUCGCCUUCUUCACUGAGUUUGCCAGCAACACAGCCACCAUCAUCAUCUUCCUGCCUGUCCUGGCAGAGCUGGCCAUCCGCCUGAGAGUGCACCCCCUGUAUCUGAUGAUUCCGGGCACAGUCGGCUGCUCCUUUGCCUUCAUGCUCCCAGUCUCGACGCCCCCCAACUCCAUCGCCUUCGCCUCUGGACACUUGCUGGUCAAAGACAUGGUGCGGACAGGUCUCUUGAUGAACCUGAUGGGCGUCCUGCUGCUCAGUUUGGCCAUGAAUACCUGGGCACAGACCAUCUUCCAACUGGGCACCUUCCCGGACUGGGCUGAUAUGCACUCGGUCAAUGUCACAGCAUUGCCACCCAUCUUGGCCAAUGACACAUUUCGGACCCUCUGAGUCCCCCUGGGGAACUCCCUUGAGGCUGAACCCUCUCAAAGGGCUGUCGCCAUCACCUGCUGCCAGGACUCUACAAAACAAUCAAAUAAUUAUUUCCCGUAAUCCAAUAUGCAGCAAGCAAGGGUGACCUCCAGUGGUCCACUCGGGUCCACGAGCCAUUAUCCAGAACAUUUUCUCUCUCUCUCUCUCAUGCAGUUCAAGGCCCAGAUAUCUCUCAGAUCUGCUGGCUGAGAAACAAGCUCCUUUAUCAGUGAGCUGUUUUAUCGUUAGGAUGCAAGAGAGCCCAGUUUCAUCAACAGUGACCAAAUCUGGCAUGGAGUCUGUCUCAUACAGUUGGGAUAGGAGGCCAUUCAUUCCCAUGGGCACAGCUAACAUUAUCCCCCAGUGACUAGUUUCUGUUGCACUGGAAAGACCACCUUGUCUUUAAAGAUCACUUUCCUGGGCUGUUCACAACUAGUGUGUGUUUUUGCUUAGUUGGUGCCCAUUCUGCACCCGUUGUUUUACCCCUGCUGAUACCCAGCAGUCAGAGAUUCUUUUUUAAUCCUUGGAGACAGGGAAAGGGACAGAUGGCUUUCUGAGGACAUGAGACUGUGCAAAGCCUCUUUGCUGUUUGUCUGGGCUCCUGAGCACACCAGAGAAAGCUCUAGAAACCCCGAUGACAUCUCUACCCAAGAGAUUUAGGAUUCUCCUGUUUCAUCUGGGCCAAUUUGGCCAUAAUUCUGGGGUCAGGCCAGGCCAGGGUCCUACCCUCCCAUGGGGAGAACUGUGACCCCUCCAGCCAAGACCUUCCUGUACAUGACCCCCCAGGGGCCUCUGUGGCUGCAGGGUGGUCAGCUGCUUCUCGUCCCACCAAGUGACCUUGACCUCCCCAUGUCCCACCUUAAGUAGUAAGCAUGUUUAAUUAUCAAAAGCCACAUUUGUCAGGGGUAAGACAAAAGUCAAAAGAUAAAUUGGGGCCUUGUAAAAGGCCAGGGUAAAAUGUCUCGGGCAAGCAAAAGAUAAGACAUCCCCAUGAGCCCGAGGCUGGAAGUGCUGUCUGCACUUAAGUGUUUAUUCCCUCUUUGUUCCAAGCAGAAGCAUUCUGGCAUCCCAGUGAAGAGCGCAGGCCCUCAGGAAGUGUCUGCUGAAUGGAAUGGCCCAGUGUUAGCCCAGUAUCAGAAAAGGCACCAGACCAGGGGCCCUGAACCGUCACACUUCCCCUUCCUAAGCCUCUGAGGGUGGAGAUUCCCCUAGGAGCACUUGGCCAGCUGGGAAGGCAGCACCCAGGUUCGCUCUUGAUACAGCACAAGUGAGUCAUGGGCAUUUCCCCGAGAGCAGUGGGAGAGGCCCUCUGAGUUGGAGGUUCAGCUCCACCUCCUUUCUAAGCGAGCACUCAAUGUCGAAUCACAGUUACAACCCGCUGGGGCUGUGGGGAGGUGGGCUUGUAUGGGACUGGAGGCAAAAGGUUCAUUGAGAAAGAAGCCCACGGGAUUUGUAACCAGAUGAAUCAUGAUUUCAAAGACUUCUGAUCAAAAAUACUAUGAAAUAAAGAAUGUUAAUCAACAGUGGACCUGGAGAUGAUUUGCCUUUCUGAACAUAAGACAGCAUCAAAGCCCCAAAUCCCUGGGCUGGGAAUUCCACAGAAUUGACCUCUCCGACUUCAUUUUCUCCUGCUCUCCCCUCCCCUCUCCAGGCACAUACUCAAACUCUCCUGCCUCAGGGCCUUUGCACGUGCUGUUUGCUCUGCCUAGAACACUGCUCCCAAAUAUAUGCCUGGUUCCCCCACUCACUUUAUUCAGGUCCCUGCUCAGGUGUCACCUCCUCCGAGAGGCUUCCCUGACUUCCUGUCUAAAAUAUCACCCUCAUUACUCUCCACCCCCUUACUCUGCUAUAUUUUUUUCUUAAUACUUAGGACACUAUAUAACUUAUUUUCUUAUGAUCUUCCUCUCCCUCUAGAAUAUACAUUUAUGAAAAUACAAAUGGUAUUUUUUUUUACUGCUGUAACUCCAGUUCCUAGAACAAUUUCUGGCACAUAGCAAGUGUUCAGUAAAUAUUUGCUGCUUGAAACUGCACCAGAAUUAAUGAGAAAGCCAUCUCUCCCCUCUGGGGUCUGUUUUGUUUGUUACUUUGUUCACUCAUUCUUCCAUUUAUUCAUCCAAUAAACAUUUAUUGGGAA